AUGGAGACUGUAGGCCCCGUGGAAGGCCAUGAUUAUCGAAAUAUCAGCCAAGAGGUCGAUAAUUGGUUGGAAAGAGUAAAACGUUGGGGUCAAGUUGGGACGGUCUUCGGAGAUCACCAUCAAGAAAUUGAUGCAAGUCGAGAGGAAAUGGAGUGUUUUCUGCAUCAACUUCAUAAUGUGUUGUCGAGAUGGAAAGACACCAGUUAUGCAGUUCAACAACUUCCAAAUGUUGGUCAAUUGCUUGGCAGGUUGUGCUGUGAUAAUGUUGUCCUGUUAAAAGAAAGCACUUAUAAGAUACUGAUGCAGUGUAUUUUGGUACUGACAUCAGAGCAGCCCAAGAAUGAGUUAGAAGAAAAGGCCAACAAAUGGGCAUAUUCUCAAGUAAAAAACACAGUAUCCUAUGUAGUCUCAGAAAAACCUUAUGGUACUGCAACUGAAAUUUCUGGAAACCUGCCAGAUGAUUUCAACCAGCUUGCAAUUGUAAAGCUGAUUGACUCCAUACAGUCUGAUCUUGAUUCACAACAUGAGAGAAAGUGGAGUUCAAAAACUAAUUGUCUACUGCCGCAGCGAUCCUUGUUAAAUAAAGUAUUGGAAGAAGUGUCAAAUAUGUGUAUAUCACUUAUUGAUUUGGAAUGUACACUACCAUUAAUCACUGCACUACUCUGCUGCCAUUCACUCUCUGAUAGAGAAGAAUUCUCCUCAAGGUUUCUAACAAAAGUUACACAGUCACAGAAAUUUGCGUACUUGGAAGAAGAAAAGGUGAUCAGUUUGUCAUACAAUGCAAGGGUACAUCUAUGGCUGAGAUUCUUUCCUUCGUUAGAACAAGAGAUAUGUAACCUUAUUGAUGUGCUAGUGGUAAUCAAACCUUAUAUUAGUCCAAAGGAUACAAUCAGGCUUAUUGAGUCGAGGCAACUGCCCUUAGCCUGUGCUGAGAAUCCAGCAAUCUACUGGACUGUCAACAGACUGCUUAGAUCUAUGUAUAUUAAAUGUGAUGGUGAUAAGGGAAUCGUGAGAGUGUUGUGUAUGUUCCAUCGAGCGUUUAUGAAUUCAGUCAAAGCACACAACACUGAGCCUCGUUUUGAACUGAGUGGUUUCUAUCCGAGAGUGUUACAGCCUUUGAUCCACCUCAUGCAGAUACAGCCUGCUGGGCUUCUGUACGCUGCUUGCAACUUCCAAAUACAACAAAUAUGUAAUAUACUACAUAAAGUAAGAGAGAAGACCGCUAAAUCUAGUGAAUUACUGGAUAUAUGGCUGUCUUUAAUGCAGUUCAGUGACUGGUAUUAUAAAGCCAUAGAAUUGUGUCUCAUGAUGGAUUGUGAUGUUGAUGACUGCUUGGAUUACGUCUGCUGGUUAACCAGUCCCUUUAACUAUGAUACGCAAAAACAUUGUAAGGAAAUCUUGAAAGAAAUUCUAUCUGCAUUGAAAGUUCUCAAAUUCAAAGUAUAUCUGCAGUCAUGUGAUUUACAUUAUGCACUGACUGCAACCAAUCAGGUGAAGCUGAUGGGUCACAUGACCAGCAUUAUGCAGUCGUUACUGGUGCUGUUUUUUCUCAAGUCUGUAGGUGGACAUCUCAUUGCCAUGGAAAUCAUUGACCUGGCAUUCCCAUGCAGCAGUAUAGCUGAGAAACUAAGUAGAUUCAUGGAUUUGACUGAAAUUUUCUCAUCACUGUCUGGAAAUGCAGCAAAUAUGCAACAUUUGUCAUCCAAUAAAAUCAAAUCUAUGCACACUAUUGUGUCUGAGCUCAGGAGCUGCUUGAUGGAAAAAAUGCGAUCGUUGGGAAGUAGAAGUGUAUCGGAUGCACAGUUGAUAGAAAGAUGUGACGAGUUCAUCUUAUCUCUUCAGCAGCGGAAAUAACAGAUUGUUUUUAUUGGUGUAAUGCGUUUAUAUUACCUGGACCUUGUAUAUUUUUUACAACAGAGGUGUGGUUUUGUAAUGAAGUAUAUUUUGACCGUAAACACACCUUUCAUUUACAUAUGCAUUUACUGAUAUAGUACUU